GCCACUACGUAUUUCAUUUCUCUGCUCCUCGAUAUUUGUACAUAAAAAUUAAAAACCGAAAAGAAGUCAUUUGAGUUUUUUCAGCGAGCUAGAGAGAUGUCGGGCAUAGCGCGUGGCCGGCUAGCGGAGGAGCGAAAGGCGUGGCGUAAGAACCAUCCUCAUGGUUUUGUAGCGAAGCCGGAGACUCUGCCGGAUGGUUCAGUGAAUCUGAUGGUGUGGCAUUGCACUAUCCCCGGAAAAGCCGGAACUGAUUGGGAGGGUGGUUACUACCCACUUACUCUCCACUUCAGUGAAGAUUAUCCUAGCAAGCCACCAAAGUGCAAAUUUCCUCAAGGCUUCUUUCACCCCAAUGUCUAUCCUUCUGGAACUGUUUGCCUUUCAAUCCUCAAUGAGGACAGUGGGUGGAGACCAGCCAUUACUGUGAAGCAAAUUCUUGUUGGUAUCCAAGAUUUGCUGGACCAGCCAAAUCCUGCAGAUCCUGCUCAAACAGAAGGUUAUCACCUCUUCAUCCAGGAUACGGUGGAAUACAAGAGAAGGGUUCGCCAGCAGGCCAAGCAAUACCCCUCUCUCAUCUAAUAAUAAGUCUGCUUUCCUUGGUGACUGCUGGUAAUUGUCGGUCGACUGCCUCUUGUAAAAUGCCAAUGCUAAACUUGCCUUUUAAAGAAUGUUGCUAUAUUGCAAUUGUCAAUUGCCCUUUUGUGUAAACUGCAUGGUUGAAAGUUGAAACUGUCUUUCAUUACGCCAGAUAGUUCAUGUUGAUACACUACUCUAUACGGCCAAUGUACUCAUUGGUGUUCAUAUCAGUUGAAAACUUGGUUUUAUUUAUUUGGUUUUCAUUUGUGUGGUCACGUACUGUUGUAUCAUUCAUUGAUCUUUCAGAACCUCCCCAACUCUCUGCUAGACAGACAAGGGAUGGCAGAGAAGUUGUCCCAGACUGGUAAUGACUUGUUAAACUGUGUAGCAUGUUACUCAAGCGUAACAUUCAUUUGUACCUGUUUCAGAACAAAAGAUUGUAGAACAUUUCAGUUUAUAUAAGCUGAAGUAUUUUAUUAAUA